UUGACUAGCCCAAUAAAUACAGAGAGGUAGAGAGGGAGAAAGAAAAAGAGAGAAAGAGAGAGACAGAGAGAAGCCCAGCAGCUCCACUGGUUUCCACCUCCAGGCCCUAAGUGUUGCUGUAAAGGGGGCUGGGACUCCUCACGACAUUAUUGAUACACUGUUCUGUUCGCUCCUCCCCACACUGAUUAAAUGCCGGCCCGGCCCGUCGGCGUGCCGCAGUUGAAGGCAGCCGUGUCAGAGGAGCAGUAGGGUCGGACCUGUAUCACCCCGACAGAGAGGGAACACGCUUUCUCUCUCUCUCUCUCCAUCCAAGAAGGGCUCAGUUAUGAAGACCAUUCUUGCUGCAUACUCUGGCGUCCUCAAAGGCACCGGCUGCAGCAUCCUCUCUGCCCUGCAGGACCUGUCCGUGGCUUUUUUGCCCUGCAGAUCCAAGAUGGAAAAGCAUCUGCAGGUCAUCUCGGUGCUGCAGUGGGUCAUCAGCUUCUUGGCCCUGGGUGCUGCCUGCACUUUCCUGCUGAUCUACAUGUUCUGCACUGACUGCUGGCUUAUUUCUGCCAUUUACACCGCCUGGCUCAUCGUUGACUGGAACACCCCCAAACAAGGUGGCAGGAGGUCCUCUUGGGUGAGAAACUGGACGGUGUGGACAUAUUUCCGAGACUACUUCCCCAUCAGGCUAAUUAAAACCCACAACCUGCUGCCCAGCCGGAACUACAUCUUUGGCUACCACCCGCACGGCAUCUUCUGUUUCGGUGCUUUCUGCAACUUCGGGACCGAGGCGACGGGCUUCACCAAGAACUUCCCGGGCAUCAAGCCCUCCCUGGCUACCCUGGCGGGAAACUUCCGGAUUCCCGUCCUUCGGGACUACCUCAUGUCUGGAGGUAUCUGUCCAGUGAACAAGAACUCAAUCGACUAUCUGCUGUCGCGCAACGGGACAGGAAAUGCUGUGGUCAUCGUUGUCGGAGGAGCGGCAGAGUCUCUGCAGUGCGCGCCGGGCAUGAACACUGUCACCCUGAAGAACCGUAAAGGCUUUGUGAGGCUGGCCCUGCAGAAAGGGUCUGACCUGGUUCCAGUGUAUUCCUUUGGAGAGAACGAUGCCUACAAGCAGGUGAUCUUUGAGGAGGGGAGCUACUGGAGGUCCAUCCAAAGGAGGUUACAGAAGAUCAUAGGCUUUGCCCCAUGCGUCUUCCAUGGAUGUGGCCUGUUCUUUGGCAACUCCUGGGGCAUUGUGCCUUAUUGCAAUCCUAUCACCACCAUAGUUGGAGAGCCAAUCACUGUGCCAAAAAUUGAGGAUCCAACCGAUGAGAUGGUGGACCUGUACCACGCGAUGUACAUCAGGUCCCUGCAGUGCCUUUUUGACAAGUACAAGACCCGCUUCGGCCUGAAAGAGAGCGACAUCCUGUACAUCCAGUGAAAGGACAAGGGGGCCUGUUGAAGCUCUGAACUUUUUGACAGCAUCUUCAAAAAAAACUCUGCCCCCCCUCUUCCCCUUCCCCACCCCUGCACAGUUUACUAUCUUGCGGCCUGAUUUUGGAUUAUCUCUGGACUGCAAACUCUACACAUGAGGACGUUUGCUAAAGAAACCUUUGCUCUCUGCACUCAUGUCACACGCACAUAUGUUGGCAUAGUUCCAUCUCAGGAAAUGGCAGGUUUGAAGAACAGUCACAUCUCCCUGCUGCUGCAAUCAGGUUUAACCAUCUCGGUUCUUAUACCAAAUCCCACAUCAAAAAUUGGGCCAUUGCUGUUUCCAUUUCUCUUUGAAGGCAUUGGGUUCAGGCUGUGUUUAUGGGGGGGGGG